UAUUAUUAAUUUAGGCUGGAAAUGGAAGCUUAUACUCAUGAGGAGCCAGUCAGGCAGGAUUUACAAAUAAAUCUUCCAAGUAUCCAUAAAGCAAAGGAUCAUCCAUCAAUAUACGCUCUCAAAGACAUGUUUACCAAACUUGGCAUCUGUCUGAACAUACUCUCUUACUUCGAUUACCUUCACAAGGCCAGACACUUGAUGAUGCAGAUGUUCUCAGGCUCAAGACAGCUCUGGAUCGAGGAAAACCAAAAGAUUAUUGAAAAUAUGCAUGAGUGAAUGCAAGUGGUUGAACUCAGUGAAAACAUCAGUUUUAUCAAUAAUAUGUUUAAACUCCCAGGCGAAGGUUUCGAACACCCAUCUGAUCUUAUAUUAAUGGACAAAAUGCAUCUAAGAAAUAGGAGAUAUGUGUGCUCCAUGUACAGAUACUUUAAAUUUGAAGUGAAAGUUUGUGAUCCCUUUACAAAACCUAGUGACACUAUUGGAAUUCUGAAGAAGUUCUAUCCUCUGGGUGAUUUGAAAAUCAAAUCAGUGAAGUUUGAAGGGUAUAAUUAGCUCUAAAGACCCUGGUGAUGGACUAGUCAAAAUUGCUGAUGAGAUUAUGGAAAUACUUGGCCUUCAGUGAGAGCAUUUAGGGUCACAAAAAUAUCUUGUGCCUCCGAUCAUCAAGUUUCAGGACAAGUUUAUUAGAGGGAAAGAUAAGGUUUACCUUGAAAAAGAUAUAACAAUCGAUGACGAUAUUUUCAACCUCGAUUAUGAUGAGUUUAUCCAGAAAAUGCAACCAUUAGUGAGAACAAGAAUUGUCCAAACUUUGGAAGUAUUCAUAAAUCAAUUCGUUAUUCAGCAAAAGCCUCUUCCUGAGCAUCUUGAAAAGAUUAUCAUAAUAGCUUCUACAUCAGCUUACCAAGCAGAAGAGGUCAUGGAAGGAUAUGAUGUUACUCAGCUAACAGAUGCUUUAAAACCUCACCAUAAACUGAAGUUUAUCUUCAAAGAACUUUCUUCUACAGAGAGCAAGAGCAAUCUUUCUGUCCUGCCUUACCUUAGAAAAAGAGAAGGAGUCCAAGUUCAUGUUAAUUUCACAAGCAAGAACAAAGAAGUGCUUAUCCUUCACUGUUCACAGUGAAUGCUCUGCUUUCAAACUCAAGGAUACGUCCAGAAUAUUUACUUUGAGGGUGCAAGAAUCGACUGUGGGAUUGAGGACAUUUCUUUCUCGAGUAACAGCGAGUAUAUAUUGAUCCAAAGUCCGUGUUCGCUCAAAGGGACUACACAAGCAGAGAGCUCACUUGAGAGUAAACUUCCCAUACUAACUGAGUACUUUAACCCGACCAACGAGAGAUCAAGAAUGAUUGCAGUUAAGGUGACUGACAUUACAGGUCUUUCUUUAAGCAAGAUUCUUGAUGGAGCUCCAAGUAUUUGCUUGUAUUGAGCGGAAAGAGGAGAGAAUCCAGACGUUCCUAACCACGAAGUUGUGGUUAAUGCUCUUAGCUUACUAAGUGACCAGUGCUCUGUGAACUUGGCUUUAACUCUGACACAGGAGAAUUAUGAGAUCCUCUGAUCUGUGCCAAACUUUGUUAAGAUAACCAACUUAAUACUAAUGAUUCCUGAUGAUUUGGAGGAGAAAGAAGAGCAUUCUGAUUUGUAUCAAGAGCUUUGAGAGGUACUCUGAGAGAAGAGACUACUAAAAUUCAAAAUAGAAAACCUCCAAACCUCAAAUGAACAGUUUUUAAAACAGUUUAUCCACGAUUAUUUCACAACAUCAGAUAAAAAUCUCUCAGAAUUCACAAUCCUUGCUUCAUCUGAUCUAUGGCCUCUAGUCCUGAAUACCUCUACUAAAAACGCCUACAUUCUCACUCUAAAACCUCUUCGAGGUGAUGUCUUCAUUGCCGGACGAAGGUCAAUAGAACUUCCGAAUUUGAAGCACAGAAGAAUUGUCUUGUGCGAUGAAAGAUUCUCAAAGUGCACGAGAGGAUGCUGCUCUGACGGAACAAUGGAUGGCAUUCCAAGGUUUUAUUCUAAUUCGUUAAGAUAG